AUGGUUCCUAUUUCGAUACUGUUCCUAUUUAUACUUAUCAUGAUGCUCCUUUUCAAAAUGGGAACCCCCUGGAAGAAGACUUCCAAAGAUUUUCCACCAGGACGCAGGUCUUUACCUGUUGUUGGAAACCUCCACAUAAUGGAUCUGAAGAAGCCUUACCAGACAAUGUUAGAGCUAUCGAAACAGUAUGGACCCGUAUUCAAAAUCCAACUGGGACUCCAGAAAAUAGUGGUGCUAACAGGAUAUGAGACCAUAAAGGAAGCUCUGGUGAAUAAGGCUGAUGUGUUUGCUGAGAGGGCCCCUUUCCCCAUAUUUGAUGAGUUUUCAAAGGGUUUUGGAAUAGUUUUUUCCCGUGGUGAGAACUGGAGGGUGAUGAGGCGAUUUAUGUUAGGCACGUUACGGGACUAUGGGAUGGGUAAGAGGUCCAUGGAAAGCAGAAUAGCUGAAGAGUGCAGUUUCUUGGUAAAGAAGUUUGAAUCUUAUAAAGGAAAACCAUUUGAAUUCAGAAGAAUUGUGACUGCAGCUGUUGGCAAUAUCAUAGUAUCCAUUUUACUUGGGAAGAGAUAUGACUACGAAGAUCCAAAAUUUAUUAAAUUAUUGAGCUUGGCAACAGAAAAUAACAGGCUUAUGGGAAGCCCUCCAAUGCAACUAUAUAACAUAUUUCCUAUACUUGGCUAUUUUGUUGCCACUCGUAAGAAAAUCAUAAAUAGCAGAAAGGAAUUGUACGCUUUCAUCAAUGAAAACUUCACUCGAUGUUUCAACAACCUGGAUGAAAAUGACACAAGAAACUUUAUUGAUUCAUAUCUUGUACAACAGCAACAGGAAAGGAAGACUCAAAACAAUGGGUAUUUCAACCAUAAAAAUCUAGAAGAGUCUGUGAUGAAUCUAUUUGUUGCUGGUGUGGAAACUAUAGCAAGCACUCUAUUUUGGGCCUUUACUCUAAUGAUGAGGUACCCUUUAAUUCAGAGUAAAAAAAGUACAAGAAUAGCAAACGUUGUUGGAUAUGCUCAGCCAGGAGCUGAACACCGAAUAAAAAUGCCACACACAGAUGCUGUAGUCCAUGAAAUUCAACGAUAUGCCGAUGUCAUUCCCUUAAACUUGCCACAUGCAACUACAGUGGAUGUUACCUUUAAGAGCUAUUUCAUUCCGAAGGGCACUCAUGUGAUUCCCUUGCUGACUUCUGUACUCCAUGAUGAAUCUGAGUGGGAGAAACCUCACGAAUUCUAUCCUGAACAUUUUCUCAACACUGAAGGAAAAUUGAUAAAAAGAGAUGUAUGUAUGCCUUUCUCUGCAGGUUGAAGAAUAUGUCCAGGUGAGACCCUUGCCAGAACAGAAAUAUUCAUGUUCUUUACUAGUCUUCUGCAGAAAUUCACCCUUCAACCAGCUCCUGGAUUAUCAAAAGAAGACCUGGACAUGACCCGUGAAGUUGGAUUUACCAUAACUCCCAAUACUUACACAUUAUGUGCUCUACCAUGUUCUUAAG